CCGAUGAAGAGGGAGGAGGAGGAGGAGGAUCGUCGGACGGCUGCUGACUCGUCCUUUUCUGCGACUCCUCCGGACUCUCGUGUCUUCGUCGCCCUCCAUGUGUCCAUCGCUUCCGAGCUUCUCCUCGUUUGUCGCAGGGAAAAUGGUUUAGGUGACGUGAAGCAGCUUAGGUGUGUGUGUUUUGUCGCGAGUCAGCGAUCCGACGGUCGUGUACAAUAAGUGUGUGUGUGUGAGGUCGCCGCAGUCGGAGCAGGACCCCCCCGCCCCCCACCCCCCACCGGGAGAGUGUGGACAGCGAAGGACGGAGCGCGACUCGGGAUUUAAACACGUACAUGCGCGUCCCUUCCGGGGCGAACGAAAGGUUCUGGGUUCGAGCAGCGCUCCUGAAAGAUGGAUCUGAAGGUGCUGUUGAUAUUGUUUGGAGCUGUUUGUUGCAGCACUGCUCAGCAAGAUGGGACCGAAUGCAUCAAGGCAAACGCAAAAUCCUGCGGGGAGUGUAUACAGGUUAGCGAGAAGUGCGGCUGGUGUACGGACCAUGAGUUCCUGAAGCAGGGAGAGCCCAAAUCGGCCCGCUGCGAUGACCUGGAGUCCCUGAAGAAGAAAGGCUGCAGUGUAGCUAAGAUCGAAAACCCCCGGGGCAGCCAGACCGUCGACAAGGACGUACCCGUGACCAACCGCAGCAAGGCCGGAGGAAAGAAGCUCACUCCUGAGCAAAUCACGCAGAUCCAGCCCCAGAAGCUCACCCUGAACCUCCGAUCUGGUGAAGCCCAGUCCUUCAAUCUGAAGUUCAAAAGGGCUGAAGAUUACCCCAUUGACCUCUACUACCUGAUGGACCUGUCCUACUCCAUGAAGGAUGACUUGGAAAACGUUAAAAACCUGGGAACGAGCCUGAUGUACGAGAUGUCCAAGAUCACUUCGGAUUUUCGCAUCGGUUUCGGCUCCUUCGUGGAGAAGACGGUCAUGCCCUACAUCAGCACCACGCCGGCCAAACUGCUGAACCCGUGCACGGGUGACCAGAACUGCACCAGCCCCUUCAGCUACAAGAAUGUGCUGAAGCUCACCAACGAUGGGCAGCAAUUCAACACGCUUGUGGGUCAGCAGCAGAUCUCUGGGAACUUGGACUCCCCAGAGGGCGGCUUCGACGCCAUCAUGCAAGUGGCCGUUUGCGGGGAGCAGAUCGGCUGGAGGAACGUGACCCGACUGCUGGUGUUCUCCACCGACGCUGGGUUCCACUUUGCCGGGGACGGCAAGCUGGGCGGGAUUGUGCUCCCCAACGAUGGGAAGUGUCACCUGGAGAAUAACAUGUACACCAUGAGCCACUAUUAUGAUUACCCUUCGAUCGCUCACCUGGUUCAGAAGCUGAGCGACAACAACAUUCAGACCAUUUUUGCCGUCACCGAGGAGUUCCAGCCCGUGUACAAGGAGCUGAAGAACCUGAUUCCGAAGUCUGCGGUGGGGACUCUGUCGGCCAAUUCCAGCAACGUGAUCAACCUUAUCAUUGACGCGUACAACUCUCUGUCAUCAGAGGUCAUCCUGGAGAACAGCAAGCUGCCGGACGGCGUGACCAUCGCCUACCAGUCCCACUGCAAGAACGGGGUUGUGGGAGAGGGGGAGAACGGCAGGAAGUGUUCGAACAUCUCUAUUGGAGAUGAGGUCUCCUUUAACAUCAGCGUCACGGCGCACAAGUGUCCCAAGCAGAACAAGCCGGAGACUAUCAAGAUCAAGCCGCUGGGCUUCACCGAGGAGGUGGAGAUCGUCCUCAAGUUCAUCUGCGAGUGCGAGUGCCAAAAGACGGGCGAGGCCAACAGCAAGAUGUGCCACAACGGCAACGGGACCUUCGAGUGCGGAGCCUGCAGGUGCAACGACGGCCGCGUGGGCCGCCUGUGCGAGUGCAGCUCGGACGAGGUGAACAGCGACGACCUGGACGCCAACUGUCGCCGCGACAACGGCACCGACAUCUGCAGCAACAACGGCGACUGCGUCUGCGGCACGUGCGAGUGCAAGAAGAGGGAUAACCCGGAGGAGCGCUACUCGGGCGAGUACUGCGAGUGCGACAACUUCAACUGCGACCGAUCCAACAACAAGCUCUGCGGAGGACACGGGCGCUGCGAGUGCCGCGUGUGCAUCUGUGACACCAACUACACGGGCAGCGCCUGCGACUGCUCGCUCGACACCACAACGUGCCUGGCCUCCAACAAGCAGAUCUGCAACGGGAGGGGCAACUGCGAGUGCGGUACCUGCAAGUGCACCGACCCCAAGUUCCAGGGCCCCACGUGCGAGAUCUGCCCCACCUGCCCCGGUGUCUGCGCGGAGCACAAGGACUGCGUGCAGUGCAGGGCCUUCGGCACCGGGGAGAAGAAGGAGACCUGCGAGCGCGACUGCGGCUACUUCAAGCUGAUCAAGGUGAAGGACCGGGACAAGCUGCCCCAGCCCGUACAGGCCUUCCCCCUGAUGCACUGCAAGGAGCGGGACAACAACGACUGCUGGUUCUACUACACCUACAUGGUGGACAACAACACGGAGAAGAUCGUGCACGUGGUGGAGAAGCGUGAAUGCCCCGACAUCGCUGACGUCCUCCCCAUCGUGGCGGGGGUGGUGGCCGGCAUCGUGCUCAUCGGCCUGGCCCUGCUGCUCAUCUGGAAGCUGCUCAUGAUCAUCCACGACAGGAGGGAGUUCGCCAAGUUCGAGAAGGAGAAGAUGAACGCCAGAUGGGACACGGGUGAAAAUCCCAUCUACAAGAGCGCCGUGACGACUGUGGUCAACCCCAAAUACGAGGGCAAAUGAUGGCGCUCCACUUCUCUCAUAUCAACACUGUAUGCAAAAGAUUGACGGAGGGAGGGGAGGGAGGGUUGUUUUUUUCCUUUCAUUUUUGUUUUGGUUUUUAGUCACAGUAUUAUAGCUAAGUUAGGCCACUCUUUCUCUUUGUUUUACUAACAGUUUGUUUUUUUUUUUUUUUUUUUUCUAUGCAUCAUUUUUAAGGAAAAUGUACAGUCAUGUAUAAAAUUUGGGUUUACUUUUGUUUUAUAUGGGUAAUUUUUUUUGCCGCAGGACUGGCAAGGUCAACAAAUGUCAGGUUGUGCCUUUUUCCUUCCGCCGACCCAUGUGGACGGAGGGAGAGAAACUCUUUCUGUGGAGUUUGAGUCAUGAGCGUCAGACAGGACCUGAGAUGAAAGCCGGGAUCUCUGUACCGUGGUAACCGACAUGCUGUACAACCUUAGGAGGUGCUGUGGAAGUAGUUGGUGGGUUCUGUGCUGAUUCUUACAAGCAUGGGAAAGAUGGGUGCUUGCAUUUGCUUUUUUCCUUUUUCGUGUUAAAUAUGUGUAUCUGAAUGUGGUAUAACAAACUGAAUACUUUGAGGACAAGUGAAUUAUGGAUGUUGGCAGAAAGUAACUUUUAAACUCAGGUCCUUCUCUGGGCUCAUUUUAAGCAAUGCCAAAUAUAACUGCCUUAUUUGCGAGACAAAAGCCUUAUUUUUAAAGAAUUUUCCGUUGGUAACUACAAGCGAAUUUUGAAGACCGAGAUCCAGUCCACACUUGUUUCUAUUGCUUUUUUCCUUUUAUAUUUUUAUGAAUUUUAAUUUUUUUUUUUUUUUUUUUUUUUUUUUUUUUUUUACCCCCCCCCAAGUCAGGAGGCUUGCACGUUCCCGGCCUUGUCAGAAAUGCAACGUCUGUAAAGAUCAGUGUUAAGGCAACGGCCUUCCAGAGCCUUAAAACUAUAAAAAAUGUUGUCUAUAUGUGUCACGUUAUUGUUUUGAAAGUGCCUUUUUUUUUUUUUUUUUUUUUUUUUUUUUGUUCCUGCUUCAUGUUCACUUUUUUGCGCAAUGUUUCUGAAUUUAUUUAUUAAAUAAAGUACCAAAACAAC